AUGGGGUGUUUGGGGCCCCGGGUCCUUCUGUUGCUGUCAGCCUCCCUGGCUGUAACUCAGGCUUGCUCAGUCUUACACUCCCUGCGGUAUUUCACCACCACCUUGUAUGAUCCUGGCAACCCCAAACCUCGGUUCACGGUCGUCGGAUACGUGGACAACACACAAAUAUUGAGCUUCGACAGCAACAAGGCAGGCCAGCAAGUGGAGCCGAGGGUGCCUUUUAUAGCCCAGGACCCAGAGCAUUUGGAAGAGCUGACGCGCCUCUGCAGGGGCAUCUUAAUACUUGGCCGAAUGGAACUCUUGACCCUGUUCAGCUAUGAUAGCCAGAGAGAGAAUGGGUCUCACACUGUCCAGUGGCUAUUCGGCUGUGACAUCGGGCCAGACCAUCGCCUCCUCCGUGGGUAUAAGCAUGUCGGUUAUGAAGGCCAGGAUUACAUCUCUCUGUCGGAGGACCUCCGCUCCUGGGUCGCAGUGGACACCAAGGAGGCUCAGAUCACCAGGCGCAAGUGGGAGGCAGCUGGUGUAGCAAAGUCAUGGAAGUCUUUCUUGAAGGGCAGGUGCAUGGAGUGGCUUCUCAAAUACUUGGAAAAAGGGAAGGAGAUGCUGCAGCGUGCAGACCCCCCUAAGACAAACGUGACUCAUCACCCCAGACCUCAAGGUGAUGUCACCCUGAGGUGCUGGGCCCUGGGCUUCUACCCUGCGGACAUCAUCCUGACCUGGCAGAGGGAUGAGGAGGACCUGACCCAGGACAUGGACCUUAUAGAGACCAGGCCUGCAGGGGAUGGGACCUUCCAGAAGUGGGCAGCUGUGGUGGUGCCUGCAGGAGAAGAGCAGAGAUACAGGUGCCAUGUGCUGCAUGAGGGGCUGCCCGAGCCCCUCAUCCUGAGAUGGGAGCCUCCUCCCUCUCCCACCACCCCCAUCAUGGGGAUCAUUGCUGCUCUGGUUCUCCUUGGAGUUUUAGUUGCUGGAGCUGUGGCUGGCAUUGUGAUGCGGAAGAAGAGUGCAGGUAAGGACGAUAUUUCAGACUUGGCUUUUACUGAGAAAUCUCAAGCCCUCGAUACAAACGUGCCCACCUUCUGCUUUGUUACUCUAAAGGACAUUGUCAUUCUCAAGGUACAGCUGGUUCCCACCAUCACAGUAUACCGGAUAGCCAUCAGCAUCAG